UCUCUCUCCCCGGCUGCCUCCGCCUCUUCCCUCUGGUCUGUCAUCCGCACCAGUGUUGUAGCAGCCAUUUUACCGUGGAGCGUCGACCCAGCCGCGACCGGAGGAUGCCGAGACAGCGCCGUUAAUAGGUUCACAAACAUGGCUGCUUCACCUCAAGGUCCCCUGGUCCGUCGGCCAUUGGCGUUCGCCAAUGAGGAGCGGAGGGCGGUUCACUCCUGGUCCCGCAUCUCCUCAGCAGGACAAAAUGUCCUGCUGGACGCUCUGAAGAUCCUGAGCCCGAUGUCUCGAGACCUUUCCUGCACGGAGGAGCUGGUGACCUUCCUGCAGGAGCUCAGCGAGGAAGGCCACAGGCCCACUAUUCUGCGCAGCAAGGACGUGUACUGCUACCGCUCCUGCACCAGCCUUCCCAUGACCGAGGAAAUGCUCAAGUUGGUCAGCAAGAAUGUGAGACCCGCCACCAAGAAGAGGAAGAGGAAGCCUCAGGUCAAGAAGCGGGAGGUUCAUCCGUCCUGGAGCACCACCGAGAGGAGCAGCCCGAGGAUCCAAGGGAUUCGGCCUCCGGAGGUUCUGGUGGACCGUCACACCGUCGUCUGCAGCAGGACACCAAUUCAAACUGUAGAAAUGUUGGAAGACGACGUGCAGCCGUGCCUCAGACUGACCAGCAUCGAAGGCCUGUCUGGCUUCCACACGGCCAGACUCCAGAUUCAAACUGUCUGGGAGUCUGAGACGCCGCCCGUCUCCUUCCCCUCGCCGCGGCUCCCUCCAACGCUAUCAGGAAUACCGUCUCAGCCUUCUCAGAACGGUGGCGGGGCGCCCACCAAAGCCGUGGCCUUGUUCAGCCAGAAGAGCCUGUCCUGUCCGAUCCGGCUGGACGGCGCCCUCAUCGGGGACUCCGCGCCGUUCUUCUACGCCAACGGUCGGCCGGUCUCUCAGACGCACACAGACCUGACCAGCAACGGCUGGAGGGGCAACGGCCUCCACCAGGAUGUUCCCGGGUCCAAGGGAAUGACAGGCGCCACGCGGCAGAGAAACGGUUGGAAGGACAAGAAAAAUUUAGGACGCAAAGUGAUAAAGGUGGACGAUUCGCGGUCCGUGGCGGAGGCCUGCAGGAAAGCGCAGAAGAUCCUGCAGGUCAACCUUUCUCCGGUGAUCCAGAUCCAACCGCUCAACCACGUUCUGAGGGACUUCCGGUUCCAGAAGCAGUGAAAGCCCCGACCCAAACUCACUUUGUCCGUUAGCAGAUCUUAGUGUUUCCCAUCCGUCGACCUCCACUGGACCGAUCCGGUCCAGUCCGGUCCGGUCCGUGGUCGUAGCGGACGUCGUACCUGCGGUUCUGCCGGGUCGUGUUGAGGAUCCGGACAGAAGCGCCGUCUGUCGUCUCUAUGCUGGUACAUGUUCACUGUUCAGUCGACGCUACACUAAACCUAACAGUCAUCCAGCCACUCUGCCGUAGAUGAAGGUCAAAGGUCAAUUUCUUCUCCUUUCAGAAGGUGUCGAGUUCAGUCAGCUGUUGUGAAAAUAUUUAAGCAAAUGCAUUUUGUUAGAAAUGUAAGUAUUUUUUACUUGUUUCUGCCGCUCUGCUCGUUUCCCUGAAAGAAGGAAAAUGGAGCUGAUGUCAGGACAAAAGUAUCUUUUUUUAAUUUAAUCAAUUUCGACUAAAAGGGGGAAAUAUUUAGUUUCUUUUUCUAAUUUCCUUUUUUGUGUCUCUGGGACGAUGAACAGUAAGAGUUUGGGCCCACAGAAACAUAAAUUAAAUAAUAAGUUAUUCACAAAGUGUUCCUUUGGUUGGUGCAUCAACAGGCUGAGAAAUGAGGUCUUAUGUGUUACUGCAGGGAAUAUUUGAUGUCUCUUAGUUACAGAACGUAAAAAAACAAAGACAAAACACACAAAUCUGGUCUUCUAAUGUUUUCAUUUCAACUGGUCUCCUGUAAUAUAAACUGUUUUGUGAUUAUUGGUUUAUCGGUUUCAGAUUAAGAUUCAGAAAAUUCUCCAAGUUUUGAGAAAAACAUUUGUUCACAGUAAUUUAACUUAAAACCUCUUCACUCUAUGAUGCUGGUUUCUGGCCCAUUAAAUAAUCCAGAUGAAUUAUUAAUUAAUUAUAAAUCCAAAUCCUGUUCUGGUUCUGGAAACUGUUUGGAUCAUUUUUCUUGGUUAAACUGGUUCGAUCAACAGGUGCUAAUUGUUGGUGGGAUCGUUGGUGCUCCUCGAAGAAUGUCAAUGUUGCUUUCAUUUCUACUUCAGAUUGGUGCAUUUAAGAGCAACGAUUUCUGGGCGCUGCUGCCCCCUGCAGGUUGGGAUGUGCACGACAAGCCGCUUUUCUAAGUGUUUAAACUGUGAGGAACCAGCUGAAACCAUCGUCAUGUCAUCUGUGACAUCCGUGUGUAUUUUCUGCUAUUAAACCACAAUUCACAAGACAAUUUUUUUCCUUCAGUGCUAAAAAUAAAAGUAGCUUAGAGAAAAAGCUGAAACCUAAAAUCUCCUCAGUUGCUUUUUCUGUUUGAUUUAAAUUAUUAAAUGGUCUUUGAAUGGUUCAGAAAACAGCAGGUACAUAAAACUAGUUUGUAACAUUUCAAGUGAAGCAACCAGCAAUCAGUAAUUGACUUAAUGAACCUGGAUGGUGAUUGGUUGGAAUAGCGGGUCCACUUCGGAAAAACAUGAAGGUCCUUUCUAUGAAGGCGGCGGUUUCCCUGUUUGACCCGAGGCUGCACCAGUGUUGGGUGAUCGGCUUUACAGACGUGCUUCUCUGCGCUGGUGAAGUUCGUGUGGCCCCGGAUCCCAACCCUCCGCUGUCUGUCUGCAGUCACGUUCAUCCCCUUUUCUAGACCGUUUCUGUUAGUCUUGUUUGUGCAACAUUUGUAUUAUAAUGUAUUUCCUACAUGAUCUUUGAAAAAAAAAUUUGUUCAAUAAAAAUGACUUGAAAACAA